AUGAGCACUGGAAGCGGAUCAAGCUCUACUCCAAAUAAGAUAUCCAGAUCUUUGUCCUUGUGCGGUUCUUCCAGUGGCUCUCAACCCGGUGUACAUCCAAAGAUUAAAAAGGCUUCUAACUCUACUAAGUACAAGCACAGCGGGCGUCCUCGCGGAGACCUCGGGGGUGUUCCUGUUUCUAUUAGAGGAGGUGUUUGUACUCGCAUUACCAAACCAGCUACCCCAGAGCCACAGUCUGGGUAA